UCCAUCGGCAGCGGCUUUCAGAGGAGCUCGCUCCCGCAACUCGGCCACCCGGUCCUCCAGCCGCGAAGAUGUCGGCCUCCAACGUCAGCUUGCUGCGCGAGACUUCCCGGCAGGUCGUGGCCGGAGGGGCUGCAGGCCUUACAGAAAUUUGCCUGAUGCACCCUCUGGACGUGGUGAAAACCAGGUUCCAGGUUCAGAGAAGUAUAACAGACCCACAAAGUUACAGAAGCUUAGGCGACAGCUUCCGGAUGAUCUUCCGAACAGAGGGGUUUUUUGGCUUUUACAAAGGAAUUCUGCCACCCAUUUUAGCUGAAACACCAAAAAGAGCAGUCAAGUUUUCCACCUUUGAGCAGUACAAGAAAUUACUGGGAUCUGUGUCACUAUCACCAGGCCUGACAUUUGCCAUUGCUGGACUUGGAUCUGGACUAACAGAAGCCGUUGUGGUCAACCCUUUUGAGGUGGUAAAAGUUGGUUUGCAGGUCAAUAGGAAUACAUUCACAGAGCAACCAUCUACUUUUGCUUAUGCAAGACAAAUCAUUAAGAAGGAAGGCUUGGGGCUCAGGGGCCUCAACAAAGGAUUUACAGCAACUCUGGGACGUCAUGGAAUUUUCAACAUGGUCUAUUUUGGCUUCUACCACAACGUCAGAAACAUGAUUCCAGCCAGUAAGGAUCCGACCUUGGAGUUUUUGAGAAAAUUCGGGAUUGGUUUUGUCUCGGGGACAAUGGGCUCAGUCUUUAACAUCCCCUUUGAUGUUGCCAAGAGUAGGAUCCAAGGUCCCCAGCCAGUUCCUGGAGAGAUCAAGUACAGAAACUGCUUUAAAACAAUGGCGACCGUCUACCAGGAAGAAGGGAUUUUAGCCUUAUACAAAGGCCUGCUUCCCAAGGUGAUGAGGCUUGGACCAGGUGGUGCGGUGAUGCUGCUGGUGUAUGAAGAAACCUAUGAGUGGCUGCAGAAGAACUGGUGAUGGACGAAGCCGUGUUUUCCCCUCGACGUAACAGAGAUGUGGUCUGCAGUCCCACGAAGAGGAGGCACGUCAGCUAAACAAGACGUACAGUAAAGAAUGGAGGACAGCCUGUUCUGGUGUUUUAAAAAAGUUUUAGACAAAUUGACCUGGCGCUCUGGGCCAUAGACACAGCACUGUGAGAAGAAAAGGAACAUGAAGCAGAGGAGUGUGUAAGGUAGGCAGAGAAGUAAAGUAGAGAUCAGCUACACUUCGUAAAAGCUAUUCCAACUGUGUGACUCAGACUGUGUCACAAGGAAAACUCAUCCAAUCAUUUUGCUGAGAAAUCUAUAAAUACUUAAAUCCUUCAGAAUACAUUGUUCUGUGGCUAAUUCCCUGAGAAUGAUUCAAAGAAAGACUGAGUUAUAAGCUGAACUUUAAAUGCUUUUUAUAAGGAAUUACUUUUCCAUAAAUUAUCUUUUAAAACAGAAGAAAGAAAAAAUUAAAUACACCAAAACAGCCUUUUAAGAAUGUUUAGUUUUGUGAGUGCUGUGUUAAAAUGUGAAUCUACUGGUUUUCUUUAGUAAUAAUACACAGGGUCUAUUUUCCUAAAUGUAUUUUAUAUUUCACGUGGUGGUUUAAGUGGGUUAUUUUUAAAUCAUGCUAUUUGAAGUCUUUUAUUACAAAUAGAAUACAUGAUAUUAAUUAAACUGAUCUCCUUUAUGUAAUUCAUUGUGAAGACAAGUUUUAUGACUGAAAUACUUUUAUUUUAAGUCACAAACUGGAUGCACUCCUUGGUCGCUUCUCUGUUCCUGUAUUUGCCUUCAAACACCUUUGUCCUGAGCCCUUACCUAUGUCUUCUUAAAAAGGAUGUAGGGAAAUAAAACUGUUCUCCAGAUUCUUGGGUUUAAGUGGCAUCUUUAAGUACAAAAUCAUUUGUCUGGAAUAUUAAAAUGUCUAUGAUAAAGAGAAAAUCUUUCAAAAUGAAAAUACAUUCUUAGCAUUUCUAAGCAUUCAUGUACUAAUAUGCACUCAUAAAAAGAGAGAGAGAUAGCUUUUUGGUCUUGAUAUAAGUAAAGCUUCCUUUUAAAGUCUGCAUCCUCAAAUGAUACUAUUUCAGUAGCUAAAGUCAACAAAAAUGUCACCAUGUUUUAGAUGUUACCUGUUCUUAACUACUGCUGUGGGGUAUUUCUAUUAUGGGGGAUUCUCACCAAAACACUUUGAAAAUAAACAGUAAAAAUG